GCUGAGGCGGCGCGGCCCUCCGUGCUGGGAAAGCGGCGUCUGCGCUUCUUCUGGUCGUGAUGUCAUUAGCGAAAUUGUGAUUGUGUUAAGUUCUCGGAGGGACCGGUGGCCGGCCGGGCGGGACUGGAGUAGUCUUUAAUUAAGCCCUAGUUACUCACAAUAAGAGCCGGGAGUAAAAGCCCUAGGUAAAGGGGAGGAGCGUCUCGGAGUACCCCCAUCCCCACCCACCUCCAGGGGCAAAGGCUUCUCUCCAGCUUCAGCCCGGACCGAGAUCAGAGGCAGAGGCACGGUCCUGCCUCUUGCCGGGACGCCCAGACCUGAGGAACCUCGGCUCCGGGGUUAUUGGGCAAUAGACUUGCACCACAGAGGCGGCCCCCGCCCCCGUCCCUGCACUCCGGCGGAGCGCCCGCGCUCGCCCCCCCAUGGUAAAGGCCAGGGCGGCCAGAUCGCAGUGGCCUCCGAGGCGCCCCCGCCAGAACCCUCCCAGGCAUCCUCCGCAGCCCUCGGGGCUCCUGUCCCAGGAAAAUGGCAAUGGAAUGGGCCACGGCUCCUUUAAGGGUUCUCUUCCUCCUCCCUCCUUCCACAACUCCCCCAUCCCCCCUGGCCCACGUGACCCGGGCGGCCGCGCGCCUCCUGGGCCCCCCGCGCGAGCGGCUAUGGCGGCGGCGGCGGGAGCUGCAGCGGCGGCGGCCGCCGAGGGGGAGGCCCCUGGUGAGAUGGGGGGGGCGCUGCUGCUGGAGAAAGAACCUCGGGGAACUGCAGAAAGAGGUCUCAGCUCCUCAGGAGAUAAGUCUCCUGGAGAGGAGACCCCACCCCAGGACCAUCCAGAGUCUGUGGAACCCACUGGCCCCUCAUCUCCUGCCUCAGUCACAGUGACUGUAGGGGAUGAGGGUGCUGACACCCCAGUGGGGUCCACACCCCUCAUUGGUGAUGAGCCAGAGAGUCCAGAGGGAGAUGAGGGCAUCCACAGUGGUAGGAUGUUGUUAGGCCAUGCCACUAAGUCCUUUCCCUCGUCCCCCAGCAAAGGGGGCAGCGCCUGCCCAAGCCGGGCGAAGAUUACCAUGACAGGGGCCGGGAAAUCACCUCCCUCAGUCCAGAGUUUAGCCAUGCGGCUGUUGAGCAUGCCUGGGGCACAAGGGGCUGGAGCUGGGCCUGAGCCUGCCCCUACCCCCACCCCUACCCCAACCCCUACCAGCCCUGAAGGGAAGCCCAAGGUCCACCGAGCUCGAAAAACCAUGUCCAAACCAGGGAAUGGACAGCCUCCAGUUCCUGAGAAACGCCCCCCUGAAGUUCAGCAUUUUCGAAUGAGUGAUGAUCUUCACUCAGUUGGGGAUAUGGGAACAGACAUUGCCAAAAGGAGGAAGCUGGACUUGGGAAGUGGAGGCCCCCACAAGAGAGGACCCCAUGGCUUGUUGGAAGAGCUGGGGCCUGCUGGGGGGUCUGAGGACAUGGCCCUGGAGAAGGAAAACCAGGAGGCCAUGGAAGACUGGGAUACAGAUGUAGGAGAAGGCUUCAGUUUGUACUAUGACUCAUACUCUGUGGAUGAGCGAAUUGACUCAGACAGUAAGUCUGAGGCAGAGGUCUUGGCUGAGCAGUUGAGUGAAGAAGAAGAGGAGGAGGAGGAGGAAGAAGAAGAAGAGGAGGAGGAGGAAGAGGAGGAGGAAGAAGAGGAGGAGGAGGAAGAGGAGGAGGAAGAAGAUGAGGAGUCUGGCAAUCAGUCCGAUAGGGUUCCGAUUCUUCCCCCUCCCCCUCAUCAGAGUGGUUCUAGUGGUCGACGAAAAGCCAAGAAAAAAUGGCGGAAGGACAGUCCUUGGGUGAAGCCCACCAGAAAACGUCGAAAGCGGGAAACACCACGUGCCAAGGAGCAGCGGGGGGUGAAUGGUGUUGGUCCCUCUGGCCCCAGUGAGUAUAUAGAGGUGCCUCUGGGGUCUCUGGAGCUACCCAGCGAGGGGAACCUUUCUCCCAACCAUGCUGGGGUGUCAAAUGACACAUCAUCCCUGGAGACGGAGCGGGGGUUUGAGGAGUUACCCCUGUGCAGCUGCCGCAUGGAGGCUCCAAAGAUUGACCGGAUCAGCGAGAGGGCUGGGCACAAGUGCAUGGCCACAGAGAGCGUGGAUGGAGAGCUGUCGGGCUGUAGUGCAGGAAUCCAAAAGCGGGAAACAAUGAGGCCUUCGAGCAGAGUAGCUCUGAUGGUCCUCUGCGAGACACAUCGAGCCCGGAUGGUCAAGCAUCACUGCUGCCCAGGCUGUGGCUAUUUUUGUACAGCGGGCACAUUCUUGGAGUGUCACCCUGAUUUCCGAGUGGCCCAUCGAUUCCACAAAGCCUGCGUGUCCCAGCUGAAUGGGAUGGUUUUCUGCCCCCACUGUGGGGAGGACGCUUCUGAGGCCCAGGAGGUGACAAUUGCCCGGAGUGAUGGGGUGGCCCCACCUCCUGGCACUGCUGCUCCUGUCCCCCCACCCCCUGCCCAGGAUGCCCCUGGACGGGCCGACACUUCCCAGCCCAGCGCCAGGAUGCGAGGUCAUGGAGAACCAAGACGCCCCCUCUGCGACCCACUGGCUGAUACCAUCGACAGCUCAGGCCCUUCCCUGGCAUUGCCCAAUGGCAAUAUCCUCUCAGCUGUAGGUCUAGGGGCUGGCCCAGGCAGAGAAGCCCUGGAAAAGGCACUAGUCAUCCAGGAGUCCGAGCGAAGGAAGAAGCUUCGCUUUCAUCCCCGGCAGUUGUACCUGUCUGUGAAGCAGGGGGAGCUGCAAAAGGUCGUCCUAAUGCUCUUGGACAACCUGGACCCCAACUUCCAAAGUGACCAGCAGAGCAAGCGCACACCCCUGCAUGCAGCCGCACAAAAGGGCUCUGUUGAGAUCUGCCAUGUGCUCCUGCAGGCUGGAGCAAAUAUCAAUGCUGUGGAUAAGCUGCAACGGACCCCUCUGAUGGAGGCUGUGGCCAACAACCACGUGGAAGCCGCUCGAUACAUGGUACAGCGAGGAGGCUGUGUCUAUAGCAAGGAGGAAGAUGGUUCUACUUGUCUUCACCACGCAGCUAAGAUUGGCAACCUGGAGAUGGUCAGCCUGCUGCUCAGCACUGGCCAGGUGGAUGUAAAUGCUCAGGAUAAUGGGGGCUGGACACCCAUUAUUUGGGCAGCUGAACAUAAACAUAUUGAAGUUAUUCGGAUGCUGUUGACCCGAGGAGCAGAUGUUACCCUCACUGACAAUGAAGAGAACAUCUGUUUGCACUGGGCAUCCUUCACAGGCAGUGCUGCUAUUGCCGAGGUCCUACUGAAUGCCCGCUGUGACCUCCAUGCAGUCAACUAUCAUGGCGACACACCCUUACAUAUCGCUGCUCGAGAGAGUUACCACGACUGUGUGCUGCUUUUCCUGUCCCGGGGUGCAGAUCCAGAGUUACGGAACAAAGAAGGAGAUACGGCAUGGGACCUGACCCCUGAGCGCUCAGAUGUCUGGGUGGCCCUGCAGCUCAACCGAAAGCUUCGCCUUGGUGUGGGUAACCGAGUACUGCGGACAGAAAAGAUCAUUUGCAGAGACGUAGCUCGAGGUUAUGAGAACGUGCCAAUCCCCUGUGUCAAUGGAGUGGAUGGGGAGCCGUGCCCAGAAGAUUACAAAUACAUUUCUGAGAACUGUGAAACUUCAACUAUGAAUAUUGACCGAAACAUCACACACCUGCAGCACUGCACCUGCGUGGAUGACUGCUCGAGUUCCAACUGUCUCUGUGGCCAGCUCAGUAUACGGUGUUGGUACGACAAGGAUGGACGUCUGCUUCAGGAGUUUAAUAAGAUUGAGCCCCCCCUGAUCUUUGAAUGUAACCAGGCCUGCGCCUGCUGGAGAAGCUGCAAGAAUCGAGUGGUACAGAGUGGUAUCAAGGUUCGGCUACAGCUCUACCGUACCGCCAAGAUGGGUUGGGGUGUCCGUGCAUUGCAGACCAUUCCCCAGGGUACCUUCAUCUGCGAGUAUGUUGGGGAACUGAUCUCAGAUGCUGAGGCAGAUGUUCGAGAAGAUGAUUCUUACCUCUUUGACCUGGACAACAAAGAUGGAGAGGUGUACUGCAUUGAUGCCCGAUACUAUGGCAACAUCAGCCGUUUUAUCAAUCAUUUGUGUGACCCUAACAUCAUCCCAGUUCGAGUCUUCAUGCUGCACCAAGACCUCAGGUUCCCCCGAAUUGCCUUCUUCAGUUCUCGAGACAUCCGGACGGGCGAGGAGCUAGGGUUUGACUAUGGUGACCGCUUCUGGGACAUUAAGAGCAAGUAUUUCACCUGUCAGUGUGGCUCUGAAAAAUGCAAGCACUCAGCAGAGGCCAUUGCCCUGGAGCAGAGCCGCCUGGCCCGUCUGGAUCCCCACCCAGAACUGAUUGCUGACCUUGGGUCCUUGCCCUCCCUCAGUUCCUGACCCCAGAUCCAGUGACUUCUGGGGGGCUUCCUCACAGAGUUUCUUCUCCUGGGAAUUGUUCUCACCUCUCAGAACUAGCUGCCUUUUUCCUGCCCACACACUGUCCCAAGCCAUUCCUGUUCAUUUGUAUCACCUGUUUUGAAACUGGGAUACUCUUCCCCAUCAGCAAGGAAUGAUGGUGUCCUGUUCUGCCAUAAUGAUUGAUUCCCAGACCCAGUUCCCCACUUUGAGACAAAAGUGACCUCCUUUGUAUUCCCCACUACCUAUCAGAGAGAGACAGACAGACACACACACACACCCGCAAUUGGAUUAAAGAAAGGGCAUCUUUGGGGAUCUGAGCACCCAACUGGGGUGUGUCUGCAGCAGCAGCCUCACCUCCCCAGAAAGUCAAGGGCAAUCUGUGCUCUCCCACCCUGAACAUUGCUUCCUCCCCCAUAUCACUUGACCGUCAUCACCCCACUCCCUGACAAUUUUUUUUUUCUCAAUAAAUGUUUUGGUUUCGUUAUAA